AGCUUGUGAACCUCUGGUCUAGGAGAAGACAAGGGCUGGCGAAGGAAAAAGGUUGAACGUACCCAUAAAAGAUUGAUCUUUUGUGCAUCUGAUGCCAACACACCUUUUCUGUGAUAUCUAUUACCAUAAAAAGCUGAUUGAAAUUGAUUUAAUUUGUCAGCGACACUAACUCAGCUGCAAAUGCACAGGUCUGAGUGCAUUUCCCAUGUCUUCUGGAGGAGGGUCGUCUUCUCGCUGUGACCAGGUUCGAGGCGUGGCCCGCUAUGACCAGGUUCGCGCGCAGAGGGACGAUGACCCUCUCCCCCAGCGGCAGCAGCAGCAAGGGGGCGGCAGGCUGGCAUUGAGCCCCGACCCCCUGCCGCCGCCCCCUCUCCCGGAGCACUCCCCAGUGGGGCCGGAGUUUGACCCCAGCGGCAGCGAGGACAGCCUCGGCGCCGUCGACCUCAAGCCCGUCCACCGCUUCAUCCCCGACUCCUGGAAGAACUUUUUCCGGGGGAGCAGAGGGAGCAGGAAGGAGUGGUUCCCCCCACCACCGGACAACAACAACAGCAGCAGCGAGGGGGCGCGCUGCUCCCCUCCCUACUCCCCCUCCGUCCCAGGGUCCUACCGGGACCCGUACGGGGGCUCGGGGGGCAGCUACAACUCCCACAAGGAGCGAACGGCCAAGCUGCUGGGCGGCCAGCGCAACCCUGCCGACGAGCGCGCCCAAAGCAUGGCCCUGACCCAUGCUGAGAGGAUGGAGGCUUACCGCCAGCGGCAUGGCAACAUGAGGUCGUGGGCGGGGCUGCUGAGGGUCCUGGGCUGCGCGGAGCUGCUGCUGGGCGCGGCCGUCUUUGCCUGCGUCUGCGCAUACAUCCACAAGGAUAAUGAGUGGUACAACAUGUUUGGCUACUCGCAGUCGCAGAUGUAUGGGUACAUGGGCCCCGGGAUGGCCGGCGGGGGCGCCGGGGUGUACUACACAGGGCCCAAAACGCCCUUCGUCCUGGUGGUGGCGGGGCUGACCUGGCUGGUGACGGUCAUCCUGCUGGUCCUGGGCAUGACCAUGUACUACCGCACCAUCCUGCUGGACUCCGGCUGGUGGCCGAUCACCGAGUUCAUCAUCAACCUGGUGCUGGCUGUCCUCUACAUGGCGGCAGGAAUCGUGUAUGUGACGGACACCACCCGGGGGGGCCUGUGCUACUACCCCAUGUUCAACAAUGGCAUGAGCGGGAAUUUCUGCCAAACCGAGCCAGGCCAAACGGCCGCCAUCUUCUUCCUCUUCAUCAUCAUGAUAUUGUACCUGAUCGGUGCCAUCUUGUGCCUUAAGGUGUGGAGGCAUGAGAUGGCCCGCAAGCGCAGGGAGGCUCUGGGCCAGGAGCCUGUCAGCACUGUUGCUGGUUUGAGGGCUCCAGAGCUUGUCCAGGCCGCCCCCGUGGUGAUGCAGCCGGAGGUCUUGAGAGGACACAUCCCGCCAACUGGGUACAAGCCCAAACCUCUCAUCAUGCCGGACUACAUUGCGAAGUACCCCAGCAUUCGCACCCGAGAAGAGUGGGACCAGUACAGGGCGGUGUUCAAAGACCAGCACGCUGAGUACAAGGAGCUGCACGCCGAGGUGCAGGCGGCGAUGAGGAAGUUCGACGAGAUGGACGGCCUAAUGCGCAGCCUGCCACAGCACCCGUCCAGCCAGAUGGAACGUGAUAGAAUCAACAGAAUCCUGCAGGAGUAUCAGAGGAAAAAAAAACGACCCAGCCUUUCUGGAGAAGAAGGAGCGCUGCGAGUAUCUGAAAAGCAAGCUCUCCCACAUCAAACUGAAGAUCCAGGAGUACAACAAAGUGGCGGAUUGGAAAGAGGGGUUCAGCUAAACGCAGCCAGCCAGCCAACCUCCACUGUCUGUGGGGACAUUUUAUUUCUUAGGACUGGUCCUCGAACUUUCAGUUUUUUAUUAAGAUCAUCGUAUAAGAUGACCACAGGAGUCCAUCACAUUCUCCUCCUACACACACACACACACACACACACACACACAAACACACUCCAGUUCCCAAAAGAAUGGCUGGGAGUGGCUGUGUCUUGUGCAGGCAGUGGGAUGAAGAAAAAGGGUGUGAAAUGGUUCUCCCCCCUUCACCGAAGACACUCUCCACAUGUGAACAAAAACUGGCAUUUUUCCAAUGAUAAUAUCAGCUGAGACUUGGCGGCGUAGCUUCUGUUUUUAUCGCUUGCAAAACUGGACAUACUAUCCGAUGCAGUUCACAUCAAGAUGAACCCAACGACCAUCUGAGGUACUGUAUGGAAAAAGUAUUAUUUGUGUUGGAAUUAUUUUUAAAUGCCAUCAUAAAUGUAGAAUUAGCCCGGAUGAUACCUUUUUAUGCAGAGUGAAAUGAUCACUGAUUUGCCUUAACUGUUACCUUUUCAUAUUCAGUAAUUUUUCUUGUGGUUUGAAUGUGACCUGCCUGUAAUUCCCUCCAUUGUUUUUGGGUGAAUCUCUAUGAAUAGAUUGUGGGGCACUGUAGUCCUGCACACGUUUUCUAUUAAAUUAUUUGUCGUUCAGGUGACUAGAUAUUAAUUGAGCAGUUCAGGUUCAGUUCUCAACCCAAGGGUGCCACAGUAGUGCACUACCAGGGACUGGAACCCACAACCUAGCUGCUGGUCUACUCUGCUGCCCCAUGACCAUACUGGACACAUGGUUUGCUCUACACUGAAUCAUAAUUUGAAAGGAGCAAAGAAAGAAAACAGGGAAGUGUAGUUCUCCAACAUCCAAGAGCUUCAGGCCCGUGUUCCUGUCUGUUACAGUCCUGUGAAUGUGCCGGUUCUGUCUUUUUGUAAUAGCGAAUGAAUGGCUAAUUAGAUUUAGCGUAGAUGUGUCAUUGCAUAAAGUACUGUAAAAAGUCAAUCGCAGAAUGAUCCAAAAUAUCAGCUUUGUUUCAAAAUGAUGUAUUUGUAUCUCUACCAUAUCAGCCACAGUUAUAC